AUGGCUUUGAACGGAAUCGCAACUCAAAGCUCUGAUCAGUCACUCACAAAAUGGAAAGCAGCCGCAGCAUUGGACGAUUGUGUCCGUCAAACAAUUGAAUCUGAUUGUUGUACCCACACAUCAGCUACAGGUAAAACAGAGGCCUGGUGGCAUGUGGAUUUGAAACAGCCACGCACCAUACAGUACAUCCGUAUCUACUACAGAGAUAAAUUUGCUCAAAGAUUUGCUGGAUAUCAACUAUACGUAUCCAAUACAACUGACCGGACACAAGGCAUACUAUUUUAUGAAGACACCAGUAUUAACAAGGAUGACGUGGAGUUGGAUGUGACCUUACCAUCUCCGUAUGUAGCUCGAUACGUUAUCGUUUACAACUACAGACAGAACCCAAAGAGGCAGACCUGGUAUAGCAACACAGCUGUACUUGAGCUGUGUGAAGUUCAGGUGUUCGGAUGUGACAUAGGAACUUAUGGAAGCGGUAAUUGCGAUCAGAUGUGCUCAGAAAACUGCUUUGGUGGCAACUGUGAUGCUUCCAAUGGUCACUGCUUUUAUUGUUCUCCAGAGAAACAUGGCAAUUUCUGUGAACAGGCUUGCUCUGUCAACUGCAAAGACGGCAUUUGUGAAAAAGACUCCGCUCAUUGCACAGGAUGUUUGAAUGGCAAAUAUGGCAGUGAUUGUCAUAAAGAAUGCUCUGAAAGUUGUAAAAUCAAAACAUGCAACGUCAGCAAUGGACACUGUGUAGACUGUGUCCUCGGCAAGCACGGAAACAUGUGUGAAAUAGAUUGCCCUAACAACUGUAAAGACAAAACAUGUCUAAAGGACAAUGGACACUGCAUAGGAUGUGUUCGGGGAAAACAAGGUUUGCAGUGUGCUGAAGAUUGUCCAAGCAACUGCGUGACAUGCAUGCAAGUAGAUGGACAAUGUACAGAAUGUGUUCAGGGUAAAUAUGGUACGGAUUGUGAACAGAAUUGCCAUGACAACUGCAAAGAUAGCCUUUGCACAAAGGAUGAUGGCACUUGUCCUGAAUGUCAGAAUGGAUACCAUGGUAUGGACUGCACACUAGAAUGCGAAUCCAAUUGUAAAUUUUGCCAACAGGUAGACGGUGAUUGUACAGAAUGCUUGGAUGGUUUAUAUGGUGGAAACUGCAGUUUGUCUUGUGUCAAUUGUGAGCGGUGUUCGAGGGAAACUGGAAAGUGCCUAACUUUCUGCAUACCUGGAUACGAAGGAGAAUUUUGUCAAAUGAGCAUAAACUCGCCCCCACAGGAUGAUUUUACUGGGACGACAGUUGGCAUUGUUGUUGGAUUGCUUCUCUUGGUAUCUAGUAUAACCAUUGGCGUUGUGUUCAUAAUCAGGAGACGGAGACAGAACCCUUUGAAGAAAGAAGGUUCAUUUGGUGACCUCGGCAGGCGGGAGGUGUCUCGAUCAUCAAAGCUCAACAAUGGCUAUGAGUCAGAUGAACGCACAUCAGAACAAUUAGCGAACCUCGAUAACGUUUACGUCAAUUCUGGGAAUGUAAACAAAACGACAGACCCAUACGAAGAGGUGUACUGUAAUUCUGGUUCUGAGGGUAUCGCUAUUAGCGACCUGACAUCGUUGGUGAAAACAAAGAUGUUAAACAAAGCAAAAGUGUUUGAAGAUGAAUACAAGUCGCUACCAUUAGGGGACUUGUAUGAACAUAAAGUUGGGAUGAUGACCGAAAACAAACCAAAAAACAGAUUUAAGUCCACGUUUCCAUAUGACCAUUCACGAGUAGUCCUUGACAAACAGGACAAAGAUCCACACUCGGACUACAUUAAUGCAAGCUAUAUCGAUAGUGUCACGCUACCUGCUGAGUAUAUAGCAACACAAGGACCAACAAACAAAACCGUAGAUGAUCUGUGGCGUAUGAUCUGGCAACUGAAAUCUGGCAAAAUCAUAAUGCUUACUAAUCUGUCUGAGGGACCAAAGAAAAAGUGUGUGAAAUACUGGCCUGACGAAGGACAACCGAUGUCUACAAAACAUUUCGAGAUCGUCCUAGACAGAGAAAGGGUCUACGCCUUCUAUGUCAUCCGGGAUAUCAUUCUCACAGAAAAGAAGACCAAAUCAGUGCGACAAGUACACCAGUUUCACUACACCACGUGGCCAGACCACGGAACCCCAAACCCCAACGAACUUGUCGUGUUCCAUCGCCGAGUGAAGCUUUACAAGAAUUCCUUGCCAGGAAAGAUGGUUGUCCAUUGCAGUGCCGGUAUCGGGCGAACAGGAACGUUCAUUGCGCUGGAUGCUUUGUUGGAUUACGGCAAAGAAUCUGGCAUGGUCGACAUAAUAGGUUACAUUAGAACCAUGAGGAAGGACAGGGUCAAUAUGGUUCAAACCAUUGAUCAGUAUAUUGCUCUGCACAACAUCCUGAUUGAGGCGUUUGACAUGCCAGACACCCUUAUACCCAAAGUGGAGUACCAUGCAGCACUGAACAGACUGUCGGAUGAUGUCCCAGUUAACCAAACGAAAUUAUGGCAGGAAUACCAGUUGUUGCAAACUAUGAAGCCAACAUAUACCAAAGUCGACUAUAAAGCAGCACUCCUUCCCGUCAACCGCAACAAGAACAAGGAUCCAAAUGUCUUAGCAGUUGACAAAUUCAGAGCAUACCUGACGUCAUCAUUAUCCGACAGAACAGAUUAUAUCAACGCUGUGGCUGUUCCUUCUUACACGUCUCGAACCGGUUACAUCAUUACCCAGAGUCCUUUAGAUGACACCAACGUCGAUAUUUUGACAAUGAUAAUGGACAACCAGUGUGACACCAUUGUUAUCAUCGAAAAAGACUCCGUCAAAUGGUUGCCAGAGGAAGGAAAAGAUAUCUCAAUUGGAAAAUUCACACUGAAACAUUUAGGAGGCUCUUCAAAUCUGGUCCAUAUUGAUUUGAUAGAAAUUGCGAUCUCAAAUCAGAGUCAUAAAUAUGACACCAAAGUUCGGGUGUUUCGAAUGACUGGUUGGGAUAGAGACGUAUCAGUUCCUCCAGAUUCAUCGGCAGUUCUUCAGCUUCUAGAACUUGUAGACAGCAGACGGAGGUCACAUGACUCGAAAACGACUGUAGUCAUGUGCCGGGACGGAUAUACACAGAGUGGGCUUUUCUGCUGUGUCAGCAAUGCUAGAGACCAGAUGAAGAUUGACGAGGAAGUCGAUAUGUUUCAGAUUUCUCGACAGGUUCUUGUCAGACGUCCGGAAUGCAUCACAAGUGUUGACCAGUACAAGUGUUGUUACAACCUGGUCAAAGAGUACCUGGACACCACAGACGUGUAUGUCAACUGACAGAGGACUAAUACCAGUAUAAUACAAACUGAUCAGUGACUACCUGGAACGCAGAAGUGUAAAUGGUAUACAAACUAAUCAAGAAUUAAAAGGAGAGUGCAUUUAUUGGUUUUGCCUGUUGGCCAAAUCCUUUCGUAUCCGAAAAAAACCCGUUGAUAUUGAUUUAAACAUAUUUUAUUUGUCAUUCAACAAAAAGGAUUAGGCACAAGUAAUCUCAACUUAGAAACGCCCUCUCCGUUGAUAUGCAUAUGGAUUAAAACUGUAGGAGUAAACCAGUACUAUUAACACGUGUUAAAGACUUACAUAGACGAAGUUCCAGGACCAGUAGGGCUGCUACAUGAUAAUCAAGGAGAUUUAUAGUAUUUAAUGUGUACAUGCUGUACAGUUCAGAGAUAGGUAAAACUUAGUACACAUAGUUGUUGAAGUAGAUCUGUCUGCAUCUACAUGCAACUGAUACAGUUGACGACCUGUGUGAUUGUUUUGGUGACGUAUUCUUACGUUUUCCCUGAUCCCUAAACACGAGACAAUUAUUUAAAGUACUGAAUUUCAGCGGAAUCCCGUCUUAGAAGAUUUCUAGGGAUUGGUAAACUAUAGAUCAUUUUGUACAAUGAGUAUCCUUUCGCAGGAGGAGUUUAAUUGGUUCUCUUACGUUCAUUUAACAAUGCCUUCAAACUUUUCCUCAUUUGUGCUUAAAAAAAUGUUUUCCUGAUACGAUAUUUUUGGAAAAACUAUUAUCAUGAGCCUUCUUUCAAACAAGUAACUAAACGUAAUGAAUAUGUCAGUACAAUGCGGAUGAAUUUUUGUACCUGUCUUGGAAGUUGCAACAAUUGCUUUUCACAUGCAUACGUUAAUGUAAAUCACAAAUAAAUUGUAUUAUUGAUGUUAAUGCCUAAUACAUGAUUUGCUUUUAUCAAUCGCAAAUAUGUUGUUACACAAUAGUGUAAUGCCAUGCCAGAUAGUACAGAGAAUAUUACACACGAUAUUCUUUAAAAAAUGCAUGACCUAAUGAGAUAUAUCCACUACUCGUUAUUACUUCCAUCACUCCUAAACUAUUAUUAUUGUUGAUAUUUUAUAUUU